CAGUGCCGAGCGGUGCCGAGCUCGAGUUAAGUUAUUGGCGGUACGCAUAUGCGAGAAUGCGGUUAGGAGUUUAGCAGAAAGUUGCUAUAAUAGAAAAAGAUUCAUACAACUUCAUUUUAGAAAGUUAAGCAGUGGCCAUCAUGUCUGCAACACCCAUGUUGAGUUCACCAACUUCAGUGACUACAGUGGAUAAAGUUUUUGUUAUGGGUGAGGAGGAGGAUUCAAACAAGAGAGUUCGUAUGAAGAAGCAGCUAGGUUUAUUGGAAGGAGUGGCAAUUAUUAUUGGAAUAAUUUUUGGUUCAGGAAUUUUUGUGUCACCUACUGGGGUUAUUCAGGAAGUGGGAUCACCUGGCCUUUCGGUCAUAGUAUGGAUGCUGUGUGGGGUGCUCUCCAUGGUAGGGGCACUCUGCUACGCUGAACUUGGUACUGCAAUUCCCAAGUCUGGUGGUGACUAUGCUUACAUCUUUGAAGCUUUUGGACCUUUGCCAGCCUUCCUUUAUCUAUGGGAUGCUAUGCUUAUUUUUGUGCCAACAACCAAUGCCAUCAUGGGACUUACAUUUGCCAGUUAUGUGAUAAAGCCUUUCUUCCCAAGUUGUCAAGUUCCAGAUAGUUCAGUGAGACUGCUUGCGGCAGCAACAAUCUGUUUCCUAACUUUUAUUAACUGUUAUGAUGUAAAGCUUACAACACGACUGCAAAAUAUAUUUAUGUUCACAAAGAUUGCUGCCCUUGUUGUCAUCAUCAUUGCGGGAUUUGCAUAUAUGUUUUGGGGUAAUGCAGGGAACUUGAAAGAUCCUUUCCAUGGCUCAACAAGAGAUGCUGGGAAGAUAGCUGUCUCCUUUUGCUCAGGGAUAUUUUCAUAUUCUGGGUGGAAUUAUUUGAAUUUUAUGACAGAGGAGUUGAAAGACCCUUAUGUGAACCUCCCUAGAGCUAUCUACAUUUCCCUGCCACUUGUUACCUUGAUCUAUGUUUUUGCAAAUGUGGCUUACCUGGCAGUCCUGACACCUACAGCCAUGAUUACCUCCAAUGCUAUUGCUGUGACAUUUGCUGACAAAGUCCUGGGUAUCAUGUCUUGGAUCAUGCCAGUUAUGGUGGCUAUGUCUGUAUUUGGAGGUCUCAGUGUCCACAUCAUGACUUCUUCCAGGUAA